GAGUGGCACGAGGUAAAAGCCGUAGCGCAAAGCGUCAAGCGAGUUUGAGUGAGCUGGUUCCGUGAGUGACCUUGAUCCUCUCGUGUGUUCUGUGACAAUCUCGUUCCACCAAACCGAAGCCGUCAGUACUAAUCGAAUCAUCAUCGUUGUAGAAAGUUACCCGAGCAAUUUCCAAACAGCACAAGAAAACGACAAUGAAAACCCUCAGCGGCGUAUUGUUGGUGGCGGCGUGUCUCCUCGCAUCCACGCACGGCUUCCCCGGUGCACGUGAUAGCGACAGUGAUGAAGAGAAAAAUAGUGACACGAUUUUGCUGCUGCCAAACGGCUCCUCAGUUCGUUUCAUGCGACCAUACGGUGGUGCUGGUGCUGGUGCUGGUGCUGGUGCUGGUUUCCCUGAUAUGAGCUUCGAGGACAGUGAUAGCGUCGAGAAUCCAACUUGGACAUGGAACGGCAUGUUCAGAUCGAAUUUCUUGGAUGGAUGGUAUUCGCGUAUACAAGCUCACAUGAAAAGGUUGAGGGAUCAGAUCGCUGGCAUUUUGUCACGUAUUCCCGAGGAAGGCGUCGUGCCCUCGGUCAAGAUUCCUGAAGGAGCAAACACUACUUCCACCACCAAGAUCAUCGAUGGACACGUAGUGACCAUAAACGAAACGACCUACAUGGAUGGUGACGACGAAUUUGGAACGCUGAUCCGCAUCCGCGUUAUCGACGUGAAACCCCAAAACGAGACGAUCUUGUUGACCGAAAGCGCAGCAGACGCGGAAGUAACCACUUUGCCAACCAUAACGACCAGCAAAACCGCCACGAGCAGAGAUGAGAACACCACAACACCGCCAAGAAGCGUGGAGACCGUCGAGGAUAUCGACAAUGAGAUACCGAAGAACCAAGUCGACACUCUGUCUGCUUAAAUUGACAGAGCUAACAUAAACAGCUUAAAAUAUAUCUGUUACCGUUAGAAUCCAUUGAAUCCGAAAGAUGGUUCAUGGUUCAUGGUUCAUGGUUCAUUUUCCGUUGCUCAGGUAUUCAAAGAUUUAUCACAAACGAUCAAUUUAUAAAAAGAUUAUAUAAUUACUCUCCUAUUAGGUACUGAUCAUUAAAAUCUUUUUAUUUUUCAGUAUCAUUUUUUUUUUCUUUACAAAUGCAUUUCAACGAUUUUUUUUUUUUUCAUCUUUAGUAGCUCGUUUGUUUUGUAGAUUUAAUUUCUUUUAAAUCAAUACACUACUAGAACUAUUUUCAGCUACGAAACAGUAUAGAAUUAAAAAUGAAAAAAUUUAUUAAUACAUAUUAAUUGACAAUGAUAGAAAUUUAAGUCGUGUAAUUAAAAUGUCAAGAGACAGAAUUUUGUAUACCUGUAAAAUUACAUUAGUAAUUAGAAGUAACAAACCAAAGCAUUAAAUCGAAAAAUAAAUCCUAUCCUAUCCCCUUAAGAUAAGCCACUGAUAAAAUACAUCAUCAAUGAACGAGUUACUCUAAUGGAAAUUAAUAAACGGCAAAAUUAAUACGGCAAAAAUAGCGGAAGGGAGAUAGAUUUCCGUCCGCCAUUAAACCUUCUUUCGGAUUCGAGCUGAUGAUUCCUGUGCGAGAAAACACUACUUUCGCGUAAAGAUUCGCGAGAUACCAGAGUGUCAACUAUCAUAGUGCUAUAAAUUAUUGUUUUAUGCAUUAUAUAUAUUUACAUGUUUUCCAGUAGUUAAUAACCGUAUAUUUAUAAGUCGCCUGUGUGUCGAAGCAAAGACGGUUGUAAUGUUUAUUUGAAUCCUAUAAGAUAAAGAUGGGCAUUGUGGCAAGGACAAGCUACGUACUUACUUACAUAUAAUAUGAACGUCUAAACCACAAAUCUGAAAAUCUUAAAAUUCUUUAUCUGGCCAUUUAAAUAUGUAUCUUGUUCCUGCCCUCAUGCCCGCAGCUUCUUGUAUAAGAUGUACCAGCAGUAGUGAGACUAUGAUAAUUUACUACAGAUUGUACUAUCUAUGGUAAUUCGAUCGUGAUAUGGUUUGAAAAGAAACAAGUAUAUCUUUCCUAAUUGAAAUAUUUCUUCUAAAUUCUAUUUUUCCAUUCCUCUAUUUCUAAAAGUCUCCCAUUAAGAAUAUAAUAAAAAUUUUAUUUUAUGUAUAUUUACCUUA